AUAACAAAUGCAGCAUUGCCAGUCGCAUUUGUUAAGUGCGUCAAAAACGGCCGGCCAAAGCACAGAACGCCUGAUGACAAAUCACAUAACUCAAUUUGGAGCGAAGGCAGUCGCACUCUCUUUUGUAAUAAGGUACUCUCACUGCAAUUUAUUGUGAGCGCGGAAAGGAACACAAGGAAUACGUCCACAGGUCCUUUUUAUUGAUUUUUCUUUGCCGAGUAGAAAAAGCAAACUCGAAGUAUUUGUCAAAUACUCAACUCAAGUGGCUGACAGUGAACGCUUAUCGACGAGUACACACAAAAUUAACAUAUUUGACACGAAUUGGCGAUUUGCGAUUUGCGAAAAUUGUUGGGAUUGCAGUACAUCAUGAAUUACUGCUUAUGAAAAUUACCAAAACAAACUAUACUUCAGUGAGAAGUUAUUGCAAGAAAACUGACAAAAGAAAUAUUUGCAAACGAAAUAAUUGUGUUAAGAAAUUGUGACUUCUCGUUGGAGUUAAGGUAGUGAAAAUAAACCGUUCAGUGUAAAAAAGGAUAAACAUAGAAAAUCGUCCUUCAACAACAUUCCAUCUGGUCUUGAAAUGACUUUUUAACAAAAAGUGUAUGUAAGUUUCAAAAAUCGAGCGCAAAGAAAUAAAAUCCUCCAGAUUGCUUCAAAAACCACUUCAUUUUGCGGAGGACAGCAAAAAGGUGGUAAUAUAAUUGAAUGUCCCAACCUACCCCACACAAGGACUGGCGAAUAACGAUAAAAGUCUGUAAGAGCUCGGAGGAAGCUCUCAAAGCGAAAUUGGCCUCCUUACUAGCAAUUCAUUACAGUUAUCGCACAAAACAGCCGCUCAUUGUGCCCUCUUGUACUUAAUUUCCUGUCGUGCCACAGAAUAUUGUUUAAUCAAUAACGAAUAGAGCGAUUGGUGAACGUAGUGGUUACUACGUUACAACCACCGACACCCCCUCUAUGAGCUGCAUGUGUGUGUAGCAAAUUUAAAGCUAGUAAUCUUUCACCCACCCUCGCAAUGCUAAGGCAUUCUCAAACUACUUAGACCAAACAAGUGUACGUUAGCGAGUCCUUUCACACCAACUCAGCGCCGCAAAUUGCAUUCUAAACAUGUACAAGACGGUGCGGCAUGGCGAGAACAGCCUACAAUAUACAAUACUGCCACAAAAUGAUGAUUUUCGCAUUGAGGGCAAGCUAUCAAGUGCCGGCAGUAACUGCAGUUCCACUACUGGACGCAAAGGAAAGGCGCGUCGACCAAGACGGCGUUCAUUCUUCGCAUACUUGGGAUUGAUUUUCAUUUGUACCGUUAUUGUGGGUGCAGUUUUGAUACCGUUUUUGGUCUCAGCCGAAUGCCUGCCCAACCCUACGGAAUGGUUCUUGAAGACAAAGGCAGCACUAACACACGGAGCCAACAUUAAUGGGCUGCAUAGAAACAGCGGUGGACCAAGGAAAGCCGGUGCAAAUGGCAUUGGCAGCCCACAACACGUGCCGCUACACAACAGCGCCGCUAGCAUUGGCCAAAAAGUGGAAAUUAUCAAUCGCGACGGAGUGGAGAAAAUAAUUUUGCGCGUCAAUAAAACACAGACGCAGUCAAAUACAAAUGUGACUCAAAUAAGACCCAUUGCUUAUGGUUCAAACAAAGAACAGCCUAUUCCACCUAUUGAUGAAAAAACUUCUCCGGGAAACGUUGAAUCACAAACGGCUAUUGAGACUAAGGAUGGGGCACUACUCACAACCACAAUGCCGGGAUUGAGCAACGAUGCACUGCAGGAUGUGCAUGUGUCGGCUAAUAAUGCAACUGUCAAGCAGGCGCCGGAUGGAACAGGUAACUUCGUCACAGAGGUUCGUUUCGAAUCGGACAGUAUUCAGCCCCCCAAGAUCGUUGUAAUCACCACACAACGUACACAGCUCUCGCAGAAUGUAGAUGAAAUCAGUAGCAACAGCAAUACAGAGCUGGACUCCAAUGCAAAUAGCGUUCAAGUGCCCAGUCGGAUAGUUCAAAAUAUUCCAACAGCCGCAAUACGUCCAACAACGUCCUUCUCCACAACAAGCAUAUAUUCCCCACAUGCACCGGCGGCUGCCUCCAUGGCGGUGGCAUCGUCAGCCAAUGCUAAUGCGAUUUCCAAUCAAAGCUCCACCAUACCCACCAUUACCACACGCAUAAUGCGAUUGCCGCUGCUCAAGUCUACAGCAAAGAAACCGAUCAUACCGCCCGUGCUGGUGCGCACGAACUCAGAAAUUGUAUCACAAAACCAAAACAGCAAUAAAGCGCCAACCGAAGACGAUGGCAUUGCCGCUGAUACCAGUGGAACCGAUGUGUUGGAGUCUAUUAAGGUCAACGCGGAAACAAAGAACGCCGCCUGGAUUCAGUCGCAUUGGCCAUACAUUGAUCCGUCGACAUAUUUCCAAUGGACUGGUUACAAGGAGGACAGCGUUCUGCUGCCAGCUUUGCUGGGCUUCGCCUUAAUUGGCAUGAUCCUAAUCAUUGCAAUUUGCUUGAUAGCACGCAACAAGCGCGCCAUCGUUUCAUCGGUGCGCAAGCGAAAGCGCAACGAUGUGGAGGAGGCCGGUGCCGACGAUAACACAACGCUUUUGACUAAUGCAAAUCUCUCCGAUGAGGAUUAAAUACGCCACCAACAACACCACACAUUUUGUUGACAGUCAAACACAUACACAGACACAUGUUCCCAGCCGGAAGAACCUGCCCUUAAAGAGGUUGCAAGUAAAACGACGAUUGGUUAUGACCACCAUUGCCGCGCAAGUGGAAGCGGGAGUAUUGUGCCGUGUAAACAGAUUCGCUACUAUUUGUUUGAUCGUAGGGUUUAUUUUCUCCCAAGUAAGCAAAGCUCACACAGGACACAAUCAGCAUUAUUAAGUGAAGAUAUUACUUUAGAUGUGUUGAUAACACCCAAGAAACCACUAGUAUUACCUAAUUGCAUAUAUAUUCAUUCGAAAAGUAUGUGAAGCAGAUUUCUGAAAGACAAGCACAGCAACAAAGUGGAGCGUAUGAUUGCAAAGCGCACUUUGAAACGGCCAACUUUUAUGACUUUUAUGUUCAAAACAGACAAAAUUCAUAUUAAGACUGUUGUAUUUAAUUAAAUAUGCUGUGUAUUUAAAGUACCAUACUUACUAUAAAUAAGUUAAUUAUAGUUUCUAAAUUUACAUAUUCAACUCUCAAAGAUAAUGGUGAAGCGAACAAACAAGCUAGCUAUGCAAGCUUAAGAAAAUUACAUACAUACAUACGUGUAUGCAUGCACAGCAGAGCUAUAUUUGUAGGUCCCACUGUAUAAAAUCAGAAACCCGAAAAAAUGCGUAUGCAAUGUAAUUAGAGAAAAUUAUGUAAUUGAGCAUCAAAUUGAAAACUUCACCAAAUCACAAGUAGUAUAGACAUACAUACAAACAAACGUAGGCCUGCAUAUAAAUAUGUAUAAAAACAAAGUAAAUAUCGCAAACGUCCGCUGUGUUCGACAGGCAUUCGGAAAAGUACAUUUUUCUUCGCGCCAGUUGCAACGCCUAAAAGUAGACUACAUGCAACGCCCGUAUCUAUAAUACCCUUAACUUGCUUGUGCCAUCUGCAAACAUACACACACACACACAUAAGUAAAAACAGGCUUAGAACUCUUGUAAAAAACAACAACUAAAUUUAGAUAUUCACCUCGCGCUGAUCCAAUGGCUUUAUAUGUAUGUAACGCUAAACGAUCCUGCGCCAUAACUGGUACAGCCACAUAUAUAUAUGUAUAUUCCCACACACACACACAACUGUAUAACUGUAUUCGCCCCGAAAUUGUAUUGUUGAAACACGGUGUUCGGCCUAGAAUUGCCAAAAAGCAAAUCAAAGUUGAACAAAAAUCUAGUUAUCGAACAGAAGAAGAGCAGAAAUUUGAAAACUAUUUUUGUAAGACGAUGUGAUAGUAAGUAGACAAGCGUAAUUAGUGUUAACACACACAUAUACAAAGCACAUGCAACAACAACUAAACUAAAUAAUUAUGUUCUGUACAUAUGUAUGUAGAUACCAACACAUACACAAAUGUUCGCAUUGCCAAUGACAGCAUAAGGGGAUGGUUUGACCUAGUCGCCUACUGCCCUUUGUUUGGUAUGAUUUUUAUUGACAUUUCAAGAUUAUAAAAAAUCUCAAAAAAACUUCGAAGUGGUGCUUCCUGGUUGACAUGAUUCCAACGCUUGUAGUGAUCUAAAACAAAGAAAUUAAAGUUCUUCAUUAGUAAGGAGGUCGCUAUCGGAUUGAUGAUUUGGCAAAGUCACACAAAAUGGCAUCUACUUGAAAAAAAUGUUUAAAUGUUUUGAGAUAUCAUGUCAACCACCGCACAAAAGUAGAAAAAACGCGUUUUACGUUAACGUUUACCGGUACUGUUGACACGACACUAAAACGACUUAACUUCGGAAAUUAUUUGAAUUUUAAAAAAUCCCGAAAAAGGGAGAUAUUUGUGUUUAGGUUAAAUAUGCAAAAUUAUUACCAAAAAAGUAAGGUUUUUUUUCAAACUUCUAGGCAAGAAUACUCCGAAAAGUUCCUCCCGCGUUUGAAUUUACAUAGUUCGAGUUUCCGUAACGGUAACUGCCUUGGAAAUCAUGCAAAAUUUCGCAGUUACUUUCCGGAUUCUGCACUUGUUCCAAUAACAGUGGAGGGAGGGGGUGCAAACUUUUGUGUAUGGGUGUAUGUGCAUUUCUUAUGGCAUAUUUAAAGUUAGUUCAGAAGUUGCGCACACACAUAUGCGCGCAUAUAAACCGUUAAGUAUGUAAAUGUAAACUAUUUAUGCAAAGAAGUGUUAAGCCACGUGAGAUAUUUGUGUAUGUAUAUUGUAGAUUGUACAAUUGUAUGUGAUUAAUUUGCAUUUUGCAUUAGUAUUCGUACGCAUGCCACAUGCCACACAUACAUACCUAUACCUAUAGUUUGCUUAUACAUAUAUGCAUACAAACAUACAAAUAUUGACACAUAAGUUUGAAUAAAUGUUAAAUUUAGGUGCAACAUCACACGAAACUAUUUAUGAGUGAAGUGCAUACACACACACACUGUCCUAUAUAAAUGAUACACACGCAUACAUAUUUAUUUAUAUACAUACAUACAUACAUAUAUGCUGAAUGUUUCCGCUUGUUAUUCUGGAUACUAAUGAUAAUACAGCAGACUAGCAAAGCGAAUGUAAGCAACAAAUGAAAUAAAUGGUUACGUAAUUGUUGACAACAACACACACCCACACAUACAUAUAAACACACAUCUGAAAAUAUAAACCUAUACCCACUGAUCACACAAACCAAAUAAUUAGCAAAGAAAUUGGCAGCAGUCAAAUGUACAUACAUAUGUACGACUUUCUUUGACCGCUUUUACAAAAACAACAAUAAUAGUGUAUGCGCACAUGUUUUUAUUUAUACAUACCUAUGAAUGUAAGUAUAUAAGUGCAGUUUGUAAUUCGCAAGUAUCUAUCGUAUGUAACUCUGAAAAUAUGUGUGGAGGAGACUUUCAUCUCACCGAAGUCCCUCCACAUGACAACAACAAAAGCAAAAAUGUCAUUUAUGAUUAGUUAAAAGAGUUGACAGCGAAUUCACUUUAAAGUACAUAAAACCCUUUCCAACAAAAUAUAUACAUAUAAACACAAUAAUGAAAUAAAAAUUGGCUUUAUUUAUUUUAAUUGGCUUAAAAAUGUGUUCCCAUAGUGGAUCAUGGGUAAUGAGACAACUUACAAAAUGUUCCUGUAAACUCUCUAAUAAUUGUAUUUUGCAGUUGCUAAUAAAUCAUGUGUUUGAAAGGUUCCACUCUUCGCUUUGUAUAUAAUCCAAAAAAAAAAAAAAACUUCAAUAUUUGUUGAAAUUAUAAACAAUGUAACCAUUCCCCAAUAGAUAAUCAUAUCUAUUUCAGCAUGACCUAUAGAACUGAGGUCUGAAAAUUUCCUUUAAUUUGACACCAAAAUCAUUAAUAUCGGUUCAGAUUUAGCCUAGUUAUGGCCAUUCAAAGUCCUAACUGCUCUGCUCUGCCGACGUGGGCAGCGCUGCUGGGGAUCUGCGAUUUUUGUAAAUUACAAAAUUGCCCAUUUCUACCAGGCGACCAUAAACGUGCAGCAGGUGGCUGCCAAAAAAAAGUGGCUGGUACAUGUAGAUAUGUAUUGCCCAUUUCUACCAGACGCCCGAAAGUAUGCAGCAGGUGGCAAAAAAAAGUGGCUGGUACAUGUAGAUAUGUAUGCGGCCGGCCAGCAGGUAUGUAUGUAUGUAUAUGUGGGCCAACGGAAGCGACAUGGAUUACAGUACCACCCAAGGGGAAGUGUAUAAACCGGAACCGGAAAUGUACCAGGUAGCAACUUCAACCGGAUGUAAAUUUCCGGAAACGGAUGUGUAAAAACCGGAACCGGAAACUCACUAGACAUGAACUCAAACCGGAUACAAAUCCCCGGAAACGGAUGUGCAUAAACCGGAACCGGAAAUGUGCCAGUUACCAACUUCAACCGGAUGUAAAUUUCCGGAAACGGAAGUUGUCGGCCGGAUACAGGAAGUUCAUGAGCGGUGGGGAAUUUCCGGAUAUAAUUUUCAAAAGGCGGAAGUGGUAACUAACAGGAAGUUGUACAGAAAAGAAAAUAUCAGUUUAUCGCAACUUCCGGUUAAUUACUUCCGCUUCCGGAAAUUUACAUCCGGUUGAAGUUGGUAACUGGCACAUUUCCGGUUCCGGUUUAUGCACUUCCCCUUGGGUGGUACCGUAAUCCAUGUCGCUUCCGUUGGCCCACAUAUACAUACAUACAUACCUGCUGGCCGGCCGCAUACAUAUCUACAUGUACCAGCCACUUUUUUUUGCCACCUGCUGCAUACUUUCGGGCGUCUGGUAGAAAUGGGCAAUACAUAUCUACAUGUACCAGCCACUUUUUUUUGGCAGCCACCUGCUGCACGUUUAUGGUCGCCUGGUAGAAAUGGGCAAUUUUGUAAUUUACAAAAAUCGCAGAUCCCCAGCAGCGCUGCCCACGUCGGCAGAGCAGAGCAGUUAGGACUUUGAAUGGCCAUAACUCGGCUAAAUCUGAACCGAUUUUAAUGAUUUUGGUGUCAAAUUAAAGGAAUUUUUAAGCUUUAUAUAACUGCUAUUUCUAAAAUAAUUACACAGUGCUUUGUUUUUUACUACGCUACCACAAAACUAGUAGCUUAUGUAUAUUCUGUAGAGGAUAUAUGUAUAUUCAUAUAUAAAUUUACAGGUUACCACAAAUUCAGAAGUAAUACUACACAACUACAAAUAUAAGCCUCCAUAUGUAUGUAUAUCGUGCGUACAUUUCAAUUAUCUUAUAAGCCGGAAUAUUGUAACGCCUAAUACAAAACAUAAGUUAGCUUUUGCGCCUAAAAAUCUACUCAAUUUAAAUCAUUAAUAAAGUAUAUACAUAUAUAUAUAAAUUAUAA